AUGCAGGACCUUCAGCAGCUCGGCGUCUCGAUUUUCAACAGGAGCCCCGGUCACGGGAUUGCCUUUCUCGUUGCGAUUGGCAUUGUGCGUGAUUUUCCCGUGGAGAUCAACAACUUUCUGGUGAGGUUAAACGCUGACCGGGAGAAGAUUGGCGAUUAUCUGAGUGAGGAAUAUCCGACCGCUCAGACCUUGCGCUUGGAGUUCCUGAACUCUCUGCCGCUCCUGGGGACUGGAGUUCUGUCAGCGUUACAGACAGUCUCGCAUGACCUGACGCUUCCGCGUGACUGGAUGAAGGUGGAUCGGCUUCUCCGGGGUGUUGCGCACUUCUGGUGGAAGCAGCAUGAGGAGGAGAUCAAUGAGCGCCGGAACGAAGGCGGUGCCAGCUCUUUCCGCGAUGCGCCAGACGACUCAGGCGAACUGAUUGGUCUGGACCUUCAGCGUGCACUGCUUGGGACAGAGGGCUUUCACAGGCUCCUGUUCUCAACGCUGAUGUUGUACAGGUGGCUGAGGGAUGGCCACGAGAUGCCACUCAACACCUGGGUGCAACUGAAUGCCGGCAUCGAGGGAGCCGGGAAUGAUUUUCCUUUCCAUGUCCAGAUGGCUAUCCACAAGGCAAUCAGCUCUGGUGAGCUGAAGCUCCAAGUAGACCGGACGCUUUCCCCGGCGAAGCCUCCCACUCCAUCCCUGCGGGGUCGUGCCUUCGUGCGCUACAACGGCCGGCCCCAGACUGACGGUGAAGCUCACUGGCCACAGGCAUCACCACACGUUCUUGCUGCGGAAGGAGGUGUCCUCGCCGCUGGAAGGAUGUCUCCACAGCCGGCGCUGUGCCUGCAAGGCUCUCGAGCAAGGAUGUCGUUGACAGCGUUUGCGCAGCCUUUCGAUGCUGGUGGGUCAGGAACCACCGACGAAGAGGUGACAUGGUUGCGCUUGCAUCAAUGGCUGCUCCUGCUGGCCUCCAGUGACGAUGCAGCCCCUUUCGCCUUUGUGUCACUAAAGAAAGUAGCACUUCUUCGGGCUGAUGCCCGCGUGCUGCAGAUCACGCUUGCCCGCAGAGUUGAAGGGGACUGGCCGUCGGUCACAGUGGACGACGAUUGGCUGGAGCUGUGCCUUUUGCUGGGCGACGGGCGGUUUCAGGUCUUGGAGGCACCAGAGCUGAUGAUGAGGUUUGAGGAUGAAGCGGACUUCCAGAACUGGGCCGGAUACUUGCGGGAACUUUGCUGUGAAGACCCGGAGCGGCGUCGGGCUGCACUCAAGGUCCCACCAGUGAUUGUGGCUGGCCUGAUCGACACGCUGAUCCAAGUGGGCAGUGCAGCACUCGUCUUGCGAGAUCACACAUGUCUCACCAAAGGCCAUUUGCGACAUGAUGCUGGUGCAAAGACAGCAGCGCAAGAGCAAGAAGUAACCGUCCAUUGCGUACCGAAGCUGCUGCCCGUGCAGCAGGACACUGAAGGGGGCCUGCCACGACUGCUGUGCGGCGGGCGCAGCAACGAAAGGGCUGCGACUGCGCCCGAAGGAUCCUCCAACCGCUCGCUGAGCCUUGAGGAUGAGGAGUUGCUGUGUGAACCUGUGACCGUGAGCCACCUGAGCUCUGACAUUGGCGUUCACUCUGAGCCACUCGAAGGACUGCGCAGGCCAGACACCUCGUUACGCCAAAACGUGCCUCUGUCCCCCUUGGUGCGGAGAAAAAGCCUCGUGACCAAGCAGGAGUUGGCAGCUACCUCGCCUCUGCUUCGACCGCCGCGAUUGCCAGUGUCACGGAGUAGCUCCGUUGAAACGGACAAGUCCGUUGACAGUAGUCGACCAAAGGCUUCUCCGUCUGUGUCUCCUCGAUCUCCAGGUACUCAGCCAAAUUCAGCCAGUGGUACGGACGAUGAAAAGUCUCCUUGCCCUAGCAUCUCUGCUAGCAGCAUCGACACAACUAGAACGUACCCACGUGCUGUUGACCUUAUCGUAGAGGAAGCGGAGGAAGACAUCAAUCGGCCUUGGGGCACUGUGGAGCGGACAUUCAAAGCUUUCUGCGGAACAAAGCCAGGUAUGGAUGGAAAGUCAUUUGCAAAGCUUUGCAAGGAUUCCUCCUUGGUCGAGAAGAAUCUUACCAAGACAGAUGUGGACAUUAUCUUUGCGAAGGUCUGCAAGAAGGGGCACCGUCGGAUCGGGCUGGAGCAGUUCGAUGCAGCCCUGGAGAUGAUCGCAGACAAGAAGACCUUGACUUUGGAGGAGGUCUGGUGCGCAGUAAGGUGUUGUGGAGGGCCCGUCCUCAACAGCACCAAAGCAGAAACAGUGCGGUUCUAUGACGACAAGAGCCUCUACACGGGAACUCAUGCACAAGGAGGGCCUGAUCCUGGCAGGAAGGGAAAAGGUACACUGACAUGGACCACAGCUCUGCGUGACGAGCCGUCGCAAGGCAACGCCAGCACGCCAGUGCCAAACUCCCCAAGGGAUCCCGAGUACUCGCCGCCGGAACUUGAGAAGCGACCUCGAUCCGUGAGCUUGAGCGAGAAGAAGAUCUCCCAGCAGCUGCGAGGCAAAAACGGCACAGUAGAGGAUACCUUUAAGGCUUACUGCGCCAACAAGCCCGACAUGGAUGGGAAGGGCUUCGUCAAACUCUGCAAAGACUGCGAGUUGGUGGACGAUAGUUUGACACUGAUUGAUGCAGAUCUUAUCUUUGCGAAGGUGGUGUCCAGGGGCCACCGACGGAUCAUCCUGCGUCAAUUCAAGGAGGCUCUCCGGUUGAUUGCCGACAGGAAGGGCAUCGACGAAGAGGAGAUCUGUCAGCGCGUCGCCGAAUCGGAGGGGGUGGUUCACGAAGGAACCACUGCGGAUUAUGUGCGGUUCUUUGACGACAAGAGCACCUACACGGGCACUCAUGUCUAUGGAGGUCCGGACAGCAGUGCCAGAACCAGUGCUGACCAAUUCUGGAGCUCGAUGCUGCGCCCCGAGGGCGAGGAGGACAGGCUCCCUGAGAUGGUGGUGACCAAGAUCUGUGAGACCAGUCCGCAAGGGAGCAAGGCGAAGGCGACCCCGGUGCAGCCCAAGGCAAAGCCCCGUGCGCGCUUGGCGAUCACCGCAAAGAGCAAGCCACCAACUGGGGACAGCCAUGACUUUACCAUGGUCUUCACCGAUGUGCAAGGCUCCACAUCACUCUGGGAAGCUAACCCUCGUGCGAUGGAGCUGGCUCUCAGACUUCACGACGCGACCAUUAGGCAAGUUCUUGCCAAGCACAGCGGUUAUGAGGUCACAACAGAAGGCGAUGCCUUCCAAAUAGCCUUCCAUGAUACUGCAGAUGCAGUGGCAUUCUGCCUGGACACGCAGCAAGAGCUCUUGCGAUGUGAUUGGCCAAAUGCGACACUCUCGCAUCCGGAUGCAGCUGCCAGCAGUGACGGAGCCUGGCGCGGGUUGCGUGUGCGCAUGGGUCUGCAUUCCGGCCGCCCGGCCUCCGUCACGAAGCACGAGGUCACCGGACGAUGGAGAUAUGCGGGGCCAUCUGUUGCAAUGGCCAAGGCUAUAGAGGGUGUUUGCCAUGGUGGGCAGAUCAUCAUGUCUGCCAGCAGCUUUUACCUCAUUGAUGGUUUGCUGACUUCGCUUGGAAGUCCGCAGGUUGUAGACUUGGGGGAUCACAUCUUGGAAGGGCAUGGCCUCACGGAAGACUCGUCCCGAACUGGAUGUUCUGGCCGUGCCAGAGUGCAGCUGAUUCAACUCGUGCCAGAUGCCCUUGCCCACGACUGGUCUGGUGAAGAUCCUGACGACACGUCGACUCUGGUAGGUGGCAGAAGAUUCGCGCCGGUGGUCAGCGAGCAAAGGGUGUCGCCGGGCUUCGAGGGCUCCCCUGCUGGGCCGUCCAUCACUCUGUGCUUCGUUUUCACCCAGGGUGCCCGCGAGUUGGUCGCGACAGACCCAGGGCUGGCAGUGCAGUCACUUGGGCUCCUGCGUGGAUGUUUGCGUGAAGUUCUACGACAUGCUGGAGAUGGCAGCGGGUACGAGUGCCAGGAGGAUGAGGGCGCCUUCAUGCUGGCUUUCGGCAGCAUGUUGGACGCAGCGGUCUUCUCAAUACUGUUGCAGCGCAAGCUACCGCAGCUUCCGUGGCCUGAUGAAUUGCGACAGCGAG